AUGGCAGAAACUUUCUCGUUCUCUCGAUGGCCGCCGUCGCUCCCAGAGGAGCAAAUAUCGCAUUUGACUGAAAUUGCCGCCACAUAUGCUCUGUCUCAUGGCUUGACAUAUCUACCAGUCGGCCAGCAACCUCGCUUUCCAGCAGCCGCCAUCCAUGCACCAUUGGCGCUAUUCCCAUCUCCAAUACCCCGAGACCUGUUUCAGUUGGCACAGAGACUGCAGCGGACAUACAAUGUGCUGUACGCAAGAAUCGCUAUGGACAACGAUUUCCUGGAUCAAGUGAUGGGUGCGGUCGAAGGAGUGGGCAAAGUUGAUGAGUUUGUUGGCCAGUUGUGGUCCGGGUGGAAACAGAUUCGCGACGAAGGGGUAGAAGAGACACUGCAUCUCGGUUUAUUCCGAUCGGACUACUUGCUGCAUGAGAACGCAGACUCGACUCUAGGACUGAAGCAGGUCGAAUUCAACACGAUAUCGUCGUCGUUUGGAACUUUAUCUGAACGGGUUGCAAGUCUGCAUAGAUAUCUGUUGUCAGCAACUGCGUAUUAUGAGACAUCGCCGAUCCUCGCCAUCGAUAACUUCCCUCCUAAUACCACAACUGCCGGUCUAGCUGCCGGGUUGGCCGCUGCACAUGGGAGCUACAACAAUCAGAGUGCAUGGAUUCUCUUCGUCGUGCAAGCAGGGGAGCGGAAUGUCUUUGAUCAGCGAUGGCUUGAAUACGAGCUUUUGGAAAAGCAUUCUAUCCGCGUCAUCCGACAGACAUUCGACGACCUAGCUACUUCUGCACGGCUCGAUCCACAGACUUCCGCCCUUCGUAUCUCGCGAGGUGACGGGCCUGAGGUGGAAAUAUCCACGGUGUAUUUCCGCGCUGGGUAUGCGCCCACGGAUUAUCCGACGCCAGGUCAUUAUCAGACACGAUUCCUGCUUGAGCGAUCCUCUGCGAUCAAUUGUCCUUCCAUCCCGCUACAGCUCGCGGGCGGGAAGAAGGUGCAGCAGGUCCUUGCUCAGCCAGGCGUCUUGGAGCGAUUCCUGGGGGAUUCGAGCAAGGAAGAUCUAGAUGCGAUCCGCGGUAGCUGGAUGGGGAUGUGGGGCUUGGAUCUACAGGACGAAGCACAGAAGAACGAGACUGUCGAGCCGCUUGGCGUACGGUUGGCACGCGAACGUGCACUGGAACUCGUGCUGAAGCCUCAGAGAGAAGGUGGCGGGAACAACGUCUAUAAGGAAGCAAUACCUAAAUUCCUCGACGAAUUACCCGUGUCAGAGAGGAAGGCUUGGAUCGCCAUGGAGUUGAUAGUCCCUCCUAAUGGGACAGCGAACUAUUUGAUACGAUCUGGAGGCGCGGCGGUGAAGACGGAGGUUGUGAGUGAGCUGGGUAUCUUUGGUUGGGCGUUGUUCGGGAGCGGGAAGGUUGUGAAAGAUGCGGAAGCUGGAUGGUUGGUCAGAACGAAAGGAGUCGACAGUAACGAGGGAGGUGUAGCUACUGGUUAUUCUGUUUUGGAUUCAAUUGUACUGGUAGAUGUCUAG